CACUAAUAAAUCUCCAUCACAACAAAACAACAAGAAAAAACACAACAGUAAUUUUCCACGUAUUAAAAAUUUUCUCAGCAUAUAAAUUUCAAAGCUGCUGCUGCUGAGCAUCUCAUCAUGUCGUCCUGGAUCACUGGACUGGCAGAUAAAGCCGAGAACAUAUUGAAUAAAAUUGAUCAAAAUGCUGCCACAGCAUUGCAAACGGACUCUCCAUCUGCUGCGAUGACCAGCAGCAUCUCCAGCACCCAAUCUUUGAAGACCACCCUAUCGCCAGCAAAGCGUCCGUUUGUUACUAACAGCGCAUCCAGUGUUAAAAGCGAAGGCUCUCCAGUCGUGACCAAGGAGUUGCGUACAAAGCUGCCAACGUCAGCGAGUUUCUCCACUUACUCCAAUCCAGAUACUGUGACCAGUGCAAUGGAUACUCACGAAUUGGCCGCUUUUAAAAUAGCUCUUAGCGAGAUCACAGCCGAGCGGGAUGAAUUGCGUCUACGUUUGGAAGCUCUGAAUCGUGAUAGCGAGAAUUUCGCUCUUCAGCAACGAAGCCAAGAGUUGGAAACUCUGUCUAAAACUCUGUCCGAUGAACGGGACAAGGCCGUCCACGAUCUGAACCAGGCUCAGUCGGCACACAUGGCUUAUGUUCAUUCCAUAUCCGAACUGGAAACGAAUCUGGCUAAAUUACAGCAGGAAUACAUGAACACCGCCCACAAGUUGCAAAUGCAAACCAAAGAGACAGAACAACAGCGGAUGGAACUCCAGGAAUAUCGGUCUAAAGCUCAGCGUGCCCUUCAGGUCAAAGAUAAUCUUAUAGCCGAACUAAAGGCCAAACCUCAGGAUAGAAAUAGCGAACUGGACCCACCCACUACUAGUGAAACACGUUUCUUGGAAAUGGAACAAAAUGCUCUAAAGCAAGAACUACAGCACAAUAACGAGGAAUUGCAACGUUUACGUCUUCAAUUGGAGGAUCAAAUCAGCCAGACGAGGCAAUACGAGUUCGAAUUAAGCACAGCUUGCCAACGCGAAGAAUUACUGGCCAAGGAGCUAAGUCAGUCACGCGACUCGAAUGUAUCACAUGAACUAGAACAUCGUUUGCUUAGUCAAGAGUUAAACUCAUCUAUAUCAACGCUCAAACAAAAGUUAAGCCAACAAACGGCGGUCACAGCGGAGCGGGAGCAACAGGUGCAACAACUACGCAAGCGCCUAAACGAAGGAGGACAUCAGACAAAUGUUAAAAUUGACUAUGAGAGCCGUCUGCAGGCACUAACCGAAUCGCUGGUCGAACGUCAAAGUCUGCUCGAACGGGUGACUGGUGAAAGAAAUGCCCUGAGGCUCCAGUACGAAAAAAUGCAUAACCAAUUGCAACAGAAUGCCCACAUGGUAGAUAUGGAGCACCAAAAGGGCAACACAAAUUCACGGAACAAUGCUCUACUCUUGAAUAGCACAGAUGAUGUUAAAGCUCAAUUUCCGACUCUAAUGCAUCCCAGUCCAUUUGAUAACCGAGUGGCACGACGAUUUAAACGUGCUCUACGUCAGGCUGAUUCCAUGGGUAUCCGUGUGGGUACAUUUUUACGUCGUUAUCCCAUGAUGCGCAUCUCUGUAAUUCUUUAUGUUGCUCUCUUACAUCUUUGGGUUAUGUUUGUCUUACUAUCCACUACGCCCAAUUAAAUAACUUUAAUUUGAGCAAAAGUUUUCUUGAUUUUAUUUUGCAACCAUUUCGUUAUAUUACUAUAUUUUACAUACAUUCAAAUAUGUAUUUUUAUCUAUUGUAUUUUAUGUUUAUACGUAUGUGUAUUGUGUAUCAUCUUUCUAGCUAGAUAUAUAAUUUCUAAAUUCAAUAAACAUCAGCUAUAAGCUAUAUGUACAAUAAGUUGA